AUGCCAGGCAAAAAAGAUUUAAAAGCAGCAGCCAAGAAAGGAGGGAAACCAGAACCAGAAAAAAGUAAACCAAAGGAAGAAGAAAAGAAAGGAAAAGAUGACAAAAAAGGAGCAAAAGAUGACAAGAAGGGUGGAAAAGAUGACAAAAAGAAAGGAAAAGAAGAGCCACCCAAAGGUAAAGGGAAAGAUGAUGGUAAGAAAGGAAAGGAUAAAGGCAAGGGAAAAAAAGAGGUUAUUGAAUCCGAGGAGGGUUCAGAUGCUGAGUUGAUGGAUGACUUGAGCGAUGAGGAUGAGGAUGAAGAGUCAGACAGAGACAAAAGAAAGCGUGGUGGAAAAGAUAAAGAAGAUGAGGAGGAAAGUGAAGAGGAGGAUAAGAAAGCAAAAAAGAAAUCAAAAGAUCACCAUAAAUCUAAAGCUGAGGAUGAUGGAAAGAAGAAGAAAGCAAAAAAGAAGGAAGAUUCUCCACUUGGACCACCACCUGAAGACAAAAAGAAAAGAGGACUCAAAAACACUUCAAAACUCUUCAUGAGGUUCUCUGGAUUUAAGAAGAGGAAAAGCUCAAAGAAACGUCUUAAGAGCACUUCCAAGCUGUUUCUUGGACUUGGCAAAAGGAAGAAUCGUUUGCUUAAGAAAAAAAGGAGGAAAUCUCUUUUGAGAAAUGCUCCAAAGUUCAUGAUGCGCUUCAAAAACAGCAAGAAAAAGAAAAAAGAGAAGGAAAAAAAAGAUCCGUCAGAACCAAAGCCAACCUAUAUGCUUAUCAAAUUAGGUGGAAAUUCUAAAGAAGCGGAGAAGAAGCCAGGAUUUUUUAAAGGUUUUUUUGGAAAAAAGAAUUCAGGGGAUGGGACUGGUUUUAAAUAUAGGGGGCAAAUAUUAGGUAAGAUUGCUGGGGCAACAAAUUGGCUUACCAAGAGGUUCCUCUCCAUUAAGGGUCGUCAGAGUGGAAGGGACCAUGAUGCCUGGGGCCAGAAAAACAACAAAAAAUAUCCUGCUGGCAGUCGCCAAGCUAGCAUCCGAGGUUAUCACAAUUAUGCAUAUGAACAUGACACUGGAGGAUAUGAUUAUAGUAACCAGAGCAGGAUGGACAGAGGUGCAUUCCACAGACAGUCAAUUCAGAGGCACUCUAACAGGUAUAGUGAACAGUAUGGCCAUGUUCAGGGACAUCCUUCAUUUCCACAGCAAUACUCUCAGUAUGAAGAACCAAAUAACUAUUAUGACAUGCAAUCACAUGAUCAAGGCUAUUAUGAGUUGCAAAAUGGAUACUAUGACCCACAUGCAGCCAUUCAGGAUGAGGGUGAAUAUUAUGAUGAUGGUAUGGACUAUGGUGAUCCUUACGGAGCUCAGGAGCAGAUCGGCAAUUACCCACAGGAAAUGGGCUACUAUAGUCAACAGUAUCCACUGGAUCCUUAUUUCGAUGAUGGCAUGGAGUACUAUGAUGACAAUCAUUAUCCAAUUGGGAACAGCUAUGAUCUGUAUGGGAAUGAAAUUAAUCCAUAUGCCCAGACUCAGUAUGGAUAUUAUGAUGACCCUCAAGGCUUCUAUAGUGACCCAUAUGAAGUUGAAAUUUCAGAUGAUCCAUAUAUGGAUGCUUAUGGGGAUGCUUAUGACGAUCCUUAUUUUCAGGACUAUCAGGUUAACUACAGUGAAACAGAUGUUGACCCAUAUCUACAAUCUUCCUACAAUAUGUAUGAUCCGUAUAGUUAUCCAAUGCAAGACAUUAUGGAAGGUGAAGAGGCUUAUGGAAUGUAUGGUGAGAACUAUGGAGAUUUCUCUAUGGAAACUAUGCCCCUUCACGGAGAUAUGGAGUUCAGACUCCCAAGACCCCAGGUCAAGAUUUUUGGUAAAGAAAGGAUUGAUGUUGAGCUUCCUCCUUUGCCUCCACAAUAUGAUUUUGAGGAAAUGUCAGACAUACAAUAUGAAAAUUAUCCGUAUAUACCUGGAGCCACAAUGGAUGAUGGUUUUUCACAGACAGUUCAUCCUCAAGAAAUGUUUCAUCCCGCAAUGCCCCAAGUACCCACACCAACAGCCAUGCUAAUUAAGCAAGCAAAUAAUCCCCAGGGAUUUGUCAAUCAACAUAUGUCACAUAUGGCUCAAGCUGGUGGAUUUCCACCAUCUCCCACACCAAGCAGGAGGUCUAUGCCAGGAAUGGCCUCCCCUCUGCCUAGGCCUAUGCCACCCAUGGCAACCAUGGAACCUAUGUCAAGUUUUGGAGAGCCGGUAAUGGACGUUAGACGUUCCCCCGUACCUAUGCGCAGACCAAGCCCCCAUGCCUCUCCACAGCUAUCCAUGCAUCCUGGUGCUCCACACCCUAUGAGAAGAAGCCCAUCCCCACAGCCCUCUCUGCGUGGCAUUGGAGGCAUGGGAGCACCUCCAUCUCCAAGACUAGCCAGAGGUAUGUCCUCUCCAAUAAGUCAUGUUCAUCACCCUCCAUCUCCAAUUGGACGCAAAAUGAGCCCACCUGUUUCUCCAACACUUUCUAGACGUUUACAGCCUCAGGCUUCAUUUAGAGAAGGGCCACCCACUUCACCAACAUCUCCUAGACGUUUGCAGCCUCAGGUUCCAUUUAGAGAAGGUCCACCUGCGUCACCAACAGUCCCUAGACGCUUGCAGCCUCAGGCAUCCUUUAGAGAGGCACCACCAUCUCCCCAGCCAGUGCCUGGCCGCUUACCCUCACGAGCUCCGUCUCUCUAUACCAGUCCUCCAGCUUCACCUCGUGCAUCUAUUCGGAGGAGGAGCCCCCCACAGUCUCCUCGUGCCUCAAUUAGGAGACCCAGUCCACCUUCCUCACCUUCACAAGUUCAUCGUCCAUUUGGUGCCAAGAAAUUUCAAGCUUCCCCAUCUCCUCUUAGGCGGGUGAGUCCUCCAUCUUCCCCUCAAAUGGGUAUGCGAACCAUGGCCAAUGUUCAACAGAGGGAUCUUCACAGGCCACAGUCUCCAUUAAUGCCUCAAAGAGUUUCACCUACUCCCUCUCGAAGAAGUUUUACUAUGGAACCAGACUCCCAACAACCACCACUGCAACGCAGAUCCCCCUCUCCUACCCUUUCCCGCAGGUCCACUCGCCUUAUGAAGGAUUCUCCACCUUUUGGGCCCCCUGGAGGUCGACCACGAGGAAGGGGCCGUCCAAACAUCCCGAUGGGAGCUGUGAAACCAUAUCCUGGCAGAGGGGGUCAUGCUGGAGCUCCAACACAAAAUGUGCGUCCGUUUAGACCAUCCAUACGUAGUAACAGGUCCAUGAUGCCUCAGGAUUUCACAGCCUCCCCACAACUCUCAGGUCAACACACUGGAAUGGGCAUGAGAGAACAAAGUCAUUUCAAUCUUCCAGGAACACCUGGUCCAAUGAGAAACCCACAGAGACCCAUUGGUCGUGGCCGUCCACUCAUGGCCAGACAGUCAGUGAGGCAUGGACCUGCCAUGAUGCCCCCUUCACCUCAACUUUCUCAAAAACACAUGCCCCCUCCAUCACCUCAGAUGUCUGUUAGACAUCUCUCACGACCAGGUUCUCCUCAUCCAUCUAUUAAACAUGGCUCCCCAUUACCCAUGCGUUCUACUUCCCCUAGGGCUCUGCCGACUUCUGUGCUUUCUGGUCCUCCGAUGUAUGAACCUUCAUUUGCAUCUCCUUUGCCUAUCGGCAUAGAGCCGAUCCCUGUAGAAUUUAAUCAGAUUAGUGGUGUUCCUCAGUCACCAAUGCUUACCGGUGCCCUCCAAAACCAAAGUAUUAGGAAUGCAUCCUAUAUUUCACCCGUUCAGCAGCCCAUGUCGCCUUAUGCUCCUGAGAUCAUUAAUGUUCCACAGGUUCCUGGUCAACCCCCUUCACCAGUUCCCUCCCUUGCCCUGCAGCCCCCUAAUCUAAACAAUGCUAUGCCUGUCUCCCAAUUGCAACCAGUACCGUCACCAUAUAGUCCUGAAAUGGUUGUACUGGAUCAGUAUACAGAACAGAUGGCAUCUCCACUUUUGUCAAAUGCCUUACAAAAUGCUCAACUAAGAGAAGCUUCCUACAUUUCGCCCAUGCAAAGACCAGGUUCACCUUAUGUUCCUGAAGUCGCUCAAUUUGGUCAGAUCCCUGAACAACUACCUAUUUCUUCCCCGUAUGUUCCUCAAAUGGAAGCAUUUGAACAAGUUCCAGGUCAGCCAGCAUCACCUAUGCUCUCCAGUGCAAUUCACAAUCCACAGCUUCGCAAUGCUUCAUACCAAUCAUCUUUUCAAAGGCCACAUUCACCCUAUACUCAGGUAGAGCCAGACUUUGAUUACAUUGAAGAGCCAGAUGCUGGCCCCCUUCUUUCCAAUGCUCUUCAAAAUUCAAAUGUCCGCAAUGCUUCUUACCGAACACAUUUACGUCGCAGGGGAUCCCGUGUCCCCCCUGGCUAUAGUCCAAUGGGAUCUCCAGUUCUUUCAUCAGCUUUGCAGAACCAAAAUAUUCGUAAAGCAUCAUACCGAGGACCUGUCCAGGGAAUGGUCUCCCCUUAUACAGCUGUGCCAGGUUACAGGCAGGAUCCUAGGAAAUCUCCUUAUCUGUCUGAUGCAUUGCACAACCCCCAACUACAUGGUGCCACUUACCGCUUACCUGAUGGGUCAUUAGUAUAUGGUAAUCAGGUAGCAAAUGUACACUCUUCUCCCAUGCUAACCGAUGCAAUUGGAAAUAGUCAGCUCCAGAAUGCUUCAUAUAGACUUCCUGCUGGGUCCAUAGUGGACCCACGACAGCAACAAUCUUUCUCACCAAACCUCUCAAAUGCUCUGCAGAACCAAAACAUAAGAAAUGCCUCUUAUAGACUUUCAGAUGGAUCGAUAAUAUACCCAGAUUCUCAUUUGCAACAAACUUCUCCAAACCUGUCCAAUGCUUUAAGGAAUCCAAAUGUGAGGAAUGCAACUUAUAGACUUCCUGAUGGAACAAUAAUAUACCCAGACUCUCAUUUACAGCAACCUACUUCUCCAAACUUGUCCAGAGCCUUGCAGAAUCCAAAUAUGAGGAAUGCAACUUAUAGACUUCCAGAUGGAACUCUUGUAACAGCAGGACAACAACAGUCAACCUCACCAAACCUGUCGAAUGCACUUCAGAAUCAGAACAUUAGGAAGGCAUCAUAUAGAUUGCCAGAUGGGACAAUAAUAAUGGCCGAUCAGGAACCAACAUCUCCAAAUCUGGCCAGUGCACUGCAGAACCAAAACAUUCGAAAAGCAACUUACAGAUUGCCAGAUGGCACAUUAAUAACAGACUAUGGGCAGCCCACAUCUACUUCCCCAAAUUUAUCAAAGGCACUUCAAAACCAACAAAUGAAAAAUGCCAGUUAUCGUUUACCUGAUGGCUCAGUUAUAAGUGGACCAGUUUACCAACCUAAGUCUCCAAAUUUGUCAAGCGCACUUCAGAAUCGGGAUUUGCGCAAUGCUACUUACAGGUUGCCUGAUGGCUCCAUAAUAAGCGCUGAUGCAAGUUAUAAACCUACAACCCCAACUCUUUCCUCUGCACUGAGAAAUGACGGUUUGAAAAAUGUCUCUUAUAGGCUUCCAGAUGGAUCUGUCAUUUCACAAGCUUUGUAUAAACCAAGAAGCCCAAACAUUUCAAACGCCUUGCAGAAUGACAAUAUUCGCAGGGCUCAAUACCAAUUGCCAGACGGAUCUGUUAUUUCAGCAGAUCCUCGAAGACAUAAAAGUCCGAAUCUAUCACAAGCACUUCUAAAUCAAAAUCUUCGCCAGGCCACAUACAGAUUACCUGAUGGAUCAGUCCUCUCACAAGGAUUUGAAGUCUCCACUUCGCCACAUUUAAUGGAUGCUCUGAAGAAUGCUGACCUGAAGAAAGCUUCUUAUCAACUACCAACAGGGAUCUCCACCUAUUUGACCUCCUCUGGGCAGGUGGUUAUUGGACCAGAUGGCCGUUAUGUUGUAGUUCCACCACAGAGAAAAGGUCCAGGUCCAGAAGAUCACUGGGCUCAGAAUGACAGAGACGGACAAACUGCAGAGGACCAUUGGGCUGCAGAAAAAGUCUUGCCUCAUGAUACAGUACAGAACCUCAUUAAAUGGUCUAUGUACCGAGAUGAGAAAAUGAUGGAUUAUCUUACCCCACCACCAGCUAGUAUUAGGCCAGGGGAAACAGAGCUGCAGUGGGUACCAGAUCGUGAAGGGGAGCCAAGAGGGCAGUGGUAUGACAAGAUGUAUUCUAUAAGAAGCCUGCCUACUGUCAGCUACAGGGUGAAAAGGGAAGGAGAUGGAGCUGAGGACAUGACACAAAUGGAAGAGCUUACUGAGGCAGCAGUAUUAAUAAACCUGAAGAUUCGCUUUGAUCAAGCACUUAUCUAUACAUACAUUGGCAGUAUUUUGGUGUCUCUGAAUCCAUACCAACUAUUUAACAUCUACGGCACAGAUGUGGUUCUGCAGUACGAGGGCCAUGGCUUGGGAGAUAACCCACCUCAUCUCUUUGCCAUUGCAAACAUUGCCUACACCACAAUGAUGGACAUCAAGCAAAACCAGUGCAUCAUUAUCAGUGGGGAAAGUGGUUCUGGAAAGACAGAGGCGACCAAACUGGUUCUGAGGUACCUCACUGCUAUUCACCAUAAGAGGAACAUUACGCAACAGAUUGAGAUUCUAGAGGCAACUCCUCUGUUAGAGUCGUUUGGGAAUGCUAAGACGGUUCGAAAUGAUAACUCCAGCCGCUUUGGGAAAUUUGUGGAGGUCUUUUUGGAGGAAGGGGUGAUCAGUGGUGCCAUAACCUCGCAGUAUCUACUGGAGAAGUCCAGGAUCGUUUUUCAGGCCAAAGAUGAGAGAAACUACCACAUCUUUUAUGAGAUGCUGGCUGGACUUCCUGCGCACACAAAACGGGCCUUCUACCUACAGGAGGCUGAAACCUACUACUACCUGAACCAGGGUGGUAACUGUGAGAUCAUUGGGAAAGAUGACGGGGAGGACUUCAGGAGGCUACAGAGUGCCAUGGAUAUUCUCCACUUCAGUCCUGAGGACCAGAGCAGCAUAUUCAGAGUGCUCUCAUCCAUACUGCACUUGGGCAAUGUCUUUUUCCAUAGAGUGGAGACAGAGGUGCAGGAGACAGCUGGUGUGGUGAGCACUCAGGAGAUUCGUGCAGUAGCCGAUCUGUUGCAGAUUUCCCCAGAGGGUCUGCAAAAAGCCAUCACCUACAAAGUGACGGAGGCAAUGAGAGAGAAGAUAUACACUCCCCUCUCAGUAGAAAGUGCUGUGGAUGCCAGAGAUGCAGUUGCCAAGAUCCUUUAUUCCUUGCUCUUUCAAUGGCUGACAGAACGUAUCAAUGGGCGGGUCUACCCCAGGAACGAGGCGCUGUCCAUAUCUUUACUGGAUAUAUAUGGGUUUGAGACCUUGACGUUCAACAGCUUUGAGCAGCUUUGUAUCAACUAUGCUAAUGAGAGCCUGCAGUUCUUCUUCAGCAAAAUCAUUUUCAAACAGGAACAGGAAGAGUACAUUCGAGAGCAAAUCAACUGGAAAGAACUAACCUUCACCGACAACCAAGCAUGCAUAGACCUCAUCGCUGCAAAGCCCCAUGGGAUACUCCGCAUCCUUGAUGACCAGAGCUGCUUUCCACAGGCCACUGACAACACCUUCCUUCAGAAGUGCCACUAUCAUCACGGAAACAACCCCCUUUACUCCAAGCCAAAAAUGCCACUGCCAGAGUUCACUGUCUAUCACUAUGCUGGUCGUGUAACUUACCAGGUCCAUAAAUUCCUGGAUAAGAACUACGAUCAGGUUCGUCAGGAAGUAUUGGAUCUGUUUAUUCAGAGCCAGAUCCGAAUAGUGUCCAAUCUCUUCAUAAGGCACGCUGAGAUGCUGAAUCAUCAGAAAGGAGCAAUGAACAGGAACAGUACAGUGACUCGGAAAUAUCAGCCCUCUACUGUGGCCGCCAAGUUCCAGCAAUCACUACAGGAGCUUCUAGACAAGAUGGAGAGGUGCAACCCAUUUUUUGUCCGCUGCAUGAAGCCAAAUAAUAAUAAGGAACCUGGUAUAUUUGACCCUGAGUUGGUUGCUACUCAGCUCAGAUAUUCAGGAAUCCUGGACACGGUCCGCAUCAGGAAGGAGGGCUAUCCAAUCAGAGUGCCGUUCCAUAAAUUCUUAAACAGGUACAAAGCCCUGCUAGGAAUGAAGAAGCCGCCACCUCCAGAUGGAGAUAAUUGUGUCAUUAUGUUAAUGAAGCUCUGCCCAAUCAACAAGGGAGAUUAUCAAGUGGGUGUGUCAAAGCUCUUUCUAAAGGAGAAUGUGUAUCAGUUAUUGGAAAGUAAACGUGAUCGUAUGAUUCAUGUAGCUGCACUGACCCUUCAGCGUUAUGUACGAAUGUAUUUUGUCCGGAAGAAUUUCCUCAAGUUUCGUGCGGACAUGACAAAGCUUCAGGCUCAUGGCAAGGGCUACCUGGCCAGGCAGCGGUUUCUGCGAAUGCGUAUACACCUGAUCAAACACCGUGCAAUGGUCCGACUUAUUGUCAAUCGCAAAAGAUACAUAAGGGUCAACCUCUUUUUAGCGAGAAGAGCAGAGGAGGAGAGGAGAAGGAUUGAGCAGGAGCGAAUAAGCAGGGAGGUGGUAAAUGUGACUCAGCUGGUGAUUCCUGCAGAGCUGGGAGGACUGUUACAGGCCACAGCAGCUGGUAGGGAGCGUCAUUCAGACUGCUUGGCUCUGGUUCAGGCUCCAAGAAUACAAACAGAUCCCCAGCUCACUCUUCCACUGGACAUCAACAACCAUUUGAUGACCAAAUAUAUACGCACACAUUUCAGGGAAUUGCUGUUUGGAAUGCUAACAGCACCACUCGAGAACUCACUGACCCGACUAGAAGAUGAUCUGAAACAGGAUGCUCUUGAUGUGUUUAUACUGAUUUUGCGUUUUAUGGGAGAUCCAAACCUGAAUGGAGCUCAAGAAAACCUGUUUGGAAAUUACAUCAUUCAGAGAGGCCUUGCCACUCCACCAAUCAGAGAUGAGAUCUUAGCGCAGAUAGCCAAUCAGGUGUGGCGGAAUGAAAACACCAGAAAUGCAGAGAGAGGAUGGUUGCUGAUGGCCGCCUGUUUAAGUUCCUUUGCCCCAUCUGAGAAGAUGGAGAAAUAUCUGCUAAAAUUUGUGUCAGACUAUGCUCUGAAUGGCUUUAAGGCAUUGUGCCAACACAAACUCAUCCAAGCCAUGCAGAAAUCCAACCAAGUCCCUGAAGCAUCUCGAACAUACCCUCUAUCCCUGCUAGAGUGGACUGCCACCCGCAAAAAAGCACACAUGGUGCUCCAGGUGCACUGUUUUGAUGGUGUGUCUUUCCUGUGUCCUGUCCAUUCCUGGACCAAUGGAGAAGGCAUUGCAGGAGACGUUCUACAGCACAGGGGCGUGUCCUCUGAGAGUCUAUGGGGUUGGUCGGUUCUGAUGAAGGAGCCGGCGCAGUGGGUGGAGUUGGAGGGUCAUGAUUACGUUCUAGAUCUGGUGUGUGACCUGGAGCUGCUGGCAGACUUUCCCAAACAGAAAACAUACUUUAUCAUCUCUACCGAAGACCCCAGCAAGGCACGACCUAACGCGAGCAUAAGUCUCUUUGGCAGUGGAUUUGACGAGGAUGAGGAUGGACCGCUCUCGUACGCCAACCGAACGAGCGCCAUUGCAACCAACAGCUUACCAAUUUCUGAAGGCCACUACAAUCUGGACUCAGAACCACCCUAUGAUGGCACUCAGAGAGGCAUGGACCGGUAUUUGGACAGCCUGUUUGACCCAGUUCUGUCUGAUGGAACUGGGGACCUUGAUGCAUCGGCUUUGUCCGGGAGGAUGAAGGGAGGAGGAGGUGUAGGUGGUGAUGAAGCACAGUCUCCUGCUAGGGACACUAUCUCAGCUGCACUUAAGCCUGGAGCAGUGAGAGUUCUGCCACCCAUACCAGGUGCUUCAGAAAUGCCCAGUAUGCCAGCAGGACCCCCAGUGCCAGACCAGCAGCAAACAGUCCUGGCCCAACAGCAGCAAACCAUUAUCAACCAGCAAGCUGUCAUUAUGGCUCAGCAGAUGACCAUGCAGGCGAUGGCUAUGGUGACCAGUCCAGUGUCCAGUCCACCAAUGUCUCCUCUCACCAGCCCCCCAACCAGCCCUCCACCCACUCCCUACAACACUCUGCCGCCCAGCCCAUACCCCGCCGUCCCUCCCAGCCCCUACGCUAAUAUACCUCCCAGUCCUUACGCCCCACCUCCCCUGUCCAUGUACACGGCCCCCCCGGUGAUCCCUCAACCUGACCCCACCAUCCCCUCUACUUCGAUCAACACCACCCCCAGCACCUCAGAGGAGCAACAGGAGCCCAAAGAGAAGAAGAGCCCAACACCACAGCCACGGAGCACCACCACCACAAAGGCUGUUUCAUCUAAUGGGACAUUAGGGAAGAAACAAGCCCCCGCUGCACCCAUUAAACUUGACAGCAGGCCUGCCAAAAGACAUGCUCCUGUCGCCAUCACGGGUCCCAUGCGUUCAGCUCCGGCUCCGGGCACGGAGGUGGUUAAAUAUUCAGUCUCUAACUCCGAGCACAUCGUUCCCAGCCACAACAUUAAAGAUAUCAUUAAGCAAUAUCAAACACCGCCCCCAGAACCUUGACUUGUGUCUGAUGACAGGCGAGAAGGUAAGGGUUUUGUGAAGAAGAUGAACCCACAUGAUGAGGCAAUGCAGAUCCUAAAAACACAGAAGGACAAUCCACCUCCUCCACAGGUAUGUCUACCUCUAUCACGGCUGGACUAACCAGCUCCUGCUCCAGCUGCUGUGCCCAGAGAUGGAGGCCUCAAACCAACUAAAAGCAGCAAGAAGAAAGCACCAGAGCCACCUCUAACUUUACCACCACCAGUGCCCAGAGAUCUUCCAGUGGAAUCUGAGAGCAUCCAAACACAGCUGCACAGGAGCAGCACAGAGGAGCAUUACACCUACACUAACGUUCCCUGGAAGAUAUAUCUCAGGAAGGAGGUCUUCUAUCCUAAAGACACUUGGAAUCAUCCUCUAGUGCUGGACCUCAUAUUCAAACAGAUUGUUAAUGACACAUUUACAGAAGCCUGUGUUCGCAUUACUAAAGAGGAGAGGCAGAAAAUGCAAACCUUGUUUGCACAAUAUGGCAUCGAGCCGAACACAGAUGUUCAGGAUGAAAGUGUGAAGAAAGCUGUGAUUACAGCUGCCAGGGAGUCAUGGGAGAUUUAUUUUUCUCGCCUUUUUCCUGCCUCUGGCAGUGUUGGUACUGGAGUACAGGUGCUGGCAGUGUCUCAUUCUGGUAUCAAACUUCUCAAGACAGUCAAAAGCAGCACUGCAGCUCCCGACUACUUCCGAGUGCUCCGUCCAUACAGCUACACAGACAUCCUGUUUGUGACCAUCCCCUCUCAAAACAUGCUGGAGUUUAAUCUGAUGAAUGAGAAAUUGAUUCUGUUCUCGGCCAAAGCUCCUCAGAUCAAACAUAUGGUUGAUCUCUUCAUCGCUCACCUUAAGGAGGAUUCUGAGUAUGUCGUAGCAGAGAGAAACUUCAUCACAGACGACAGAGCUCUUCUCGGCUUCCAUAAAGGAGAUAUCAUUCGUCUGCAGGCCAUGGAUGGGUUAGAGGAGGGUCAGAGUUACGGGUGCGUGGUGAAGAAAAAAGUCAUUUACCUCGAGGAGCUGAAGAGAGGCACCCCAGAUUUUGGCUGGAGGUACGGAGCGGUGCAGGGUCGGAGUGGAGCAUUCCCCAAGGAUUGCGUGGUUCCUGUAGCUGCUCCUGAUUUCCUGAGUCUCCCGGCAGAGAGGAGAGAUGAGCCGAGGGACAGACAGGGCCGAGUGGCAGCAUCAGGGGCUAUCGCUCUCGCAGUGGCCUCCACCGCAGCUGCACAUGAGCUGGACCCGUCACUAGAGUCUGAUGGAUUCGGGGAUUUCAGCGACACUGAAGCUGAGGGGAAUAUUCUUUUGGACAGUCAGUACAACAUGGUGGAGUUUGCCAGGAAACAUUUCCGAACGUCAGACGGAAACCAGAGAGAUAAAUCCAAAAAAGGGAAAGGAAAUAAAGACCCUGCAGAGAUGGUGAAAUUCAGCAAGAACCCUAUCCUGGAGUCCCUCAUAGACUUCACUGACCCCAACAUGAACCGGGUUGCUUCUGAAAUUUUCCUGACCAUAAUGAAGUUCAUGGGAGAUCAUCCUCUCAGAGGCCAGUCAGAGCAGUUUGUGGUUUGCACCUUCCUGAAGUUAACGGGUGAAUAUGGACUGAUGAAGGAUGAGGCGUACUGUCAAGUCCUCAAACAGAUUACAGCCAACACCAGCUCUAAACCUGACAGCUGUCAGAAGGGCUGGCGGUUACUCUACAUUCUGACGGCAUUUUACCGCUGCUCUGAAGUGCUCAAACCAUUCUUACUCAAGUUCCUACGAGACGUCUGCAGAAGUCCAGAAGUGCUUUUUCAUGGGAUUGCUAAAGCUUGUGAGCAGAACCUGAGAAAGACCUUUCAGUUCGGUGGCAGGAGCGUUUACCCCAGCGGCAUGGAGCUCAAAGCCAUAAUGGCUGGUCGGAGCUCAAAGCGACAGCUGUUUCUAUUUCCUGGAGGAAUUGAGAGACAUUUGAAGAUCAAAACCUGCUCAGUUGCACUGGAUGUCAUAGAGGAGUUGUGUUAUGAGAUGGCGUUACAAAGGCUGGAGGCAAUGGAUGAGUACACAAUUUUCAUAGUGAUCAACAGAGGCCUGAAUGUGCGGCCCCUCAAUAAGAGAGAGUACAUAUUAGACAUCGCAACCGAGGCUGAGCAGGUCGAUCCCAACUACAGCUUCUGGUUCAGACGAGUCAUCUGGGCCCAUCCACUUAAGUUCGACAAUGAGCUCUGUGUCACCAUGCACUAUAACCAGGUUCUGCCAGACUACCUGAAGGGUCUGUUGAAUGUGGUACCUCAGGGAAAGAUCAGUGAACAGCAGUUUAACCAGUUUGCCAAACUUGCUGCUCUUCAGCACAGAGCCAAAGACAGUCUCUACACGCCUACUAUUCAUGAGCUGACAGAAUACGUCCCAGUUGAGAUCUUUGGCAGACAAGUGCCUCAGCAGUGGAUGCAGCUGGUUGCCCAACAUGUACAUGCCGUCCAGAGCCUGAACCCUCACCAGGCCAGAUCCCAGUUCCUGGGUUUGGUGUGUGCGUUUCCCAUGUUUGGAUCGUCCUUCUUUUACAUCCAAAGCAGCAGCAACAGCACCAUUUCUGCACCGUGCGUCCUCGCUGUCAGUCAGAAUGGACUGCACUUCCUUCACAAAGACACUCAUGAGGUGCAGGUGAAGUUCCCGCUGAAGCUGAUUCAGUCUGCUCACACACAGCGGCCCAGCGCUGGAUCCAGUUACCCUUAUGUAGACGUGCUGAUAGGAGACUUAACCAACCACAGAGUCACACAGUUACAGCUGGAACAGGGUCUGGAGCUGUGUCGGGUCAUCGCCAUGCACAUUGAGAAUAUGCUCUCUGUCCGAGAGAAGAGGCUGACGCUGCCGCCCAGUGAAAUCACCAUGCUCUAACAAAGUCUGUAUACCAACAAAUACUACGCUUUCUGCAUAUGCGAAGUCUAGAAUCAGGUUAUUUUCCAUUCGCUGAUUCUCUCAUCACGACUAAACCAUACCUCUCAAUGCAAUGUUUGCACUAAUCAUGUGUAGUUGUUCACAUGUUAUGUACAGAAGACACAAAAUGAAUAAAAAGCAUUAUUUUUGUAUCGAACGCAUAAUAUUUAUACAGAUGGAUUAUUAUUGUGCAAAACUGUACUGUAGAUGCGGAAGUACUGAAAUGUUUUUAUAUUAAACGUUUACCACUUGCAGGUAUAAGUUUGAGUGAAGAGAGACGUUACUCAGGAGAACAGCGUGAAUGUAAUCUUUUUUCAAUCGCAUUCUCUUACGCAGGCUUUCAAUGAAAUGGUAGUUUUCAA